AUGUCGAAAGUAGCUACAAAUUUCGUAAAUCAGUAUAACUUAACUCCUCAGAUGAGUAUAGCUGAGCUUGGUAAUUAUGCUGAAAAAAUAUGUAAAGAGAUUAAAGAUUAUAAAGCCCGUAAUCAUGCUCGGAAUAGAAUCCAAAAAUUAGGAUUUAGCAAAGAUCAAACAUAUGCUUUAAUUCCUAUCCAGGCUUCCGGAAGGCGUGUUACAGGACGAGACCCGAUUGAAAAGCUCGCUCAAUAUAUUAAGGAAAAUGAAGAUAGUCUUGAACCCGAAGAGAUAAAUACGCUAGCAUAUAACUUAGCUAAAACAGCUCCUACUGUAAUAGCUCAAUCUUCACGUCUUAAAUUGCUUCGAAAAAAAUUGCGUAUACUUAAUGCUAAAUAUCUUACAUUAGAAGCAACAUAUAUACCCGAUAUUACUCAAAAAUCAAAUAAAGAGCAAGCAAUAAAUCAGGAACUCCGUGAAGAUGAGGGAUAUGAUUGUCCAGAAUUCUUUUACCUGGAAAAUGUCCAGAAAAGACUUAACGAUUGUAACGUUACCAAUUCCCCUACAAUGCAAAAUUUAAUCGAUAUAAUGAUAAUGUUAUGUAUGAGACCGGCAGAUGUUGCAAAUCUUCGUAUUGAUUACUAUAAACCAUCUAAAGUUGAUGACCUUUUAAGGUCGCCCCUUUGGGCCUGCUCAUCAUAUCUGAGAAAAAUUGGAUCUGAUCAUGCUAUUGUUAUUCACGGAAAUAAGAAUGAUUCCAAACGUAAACGUCUCCGUCAAUUAGCAUUAAGACAGAAGGUAAUUAAUAUCGCAUCAGAUCAUUAUGGUAUAAUGAAUAAUAGACCAAUUAUUCCAGUACCUAAGCAAGAGAAUGAUGAAGUCGAGGAUAUUAUAGACUUAUACAAUUACUAA